UGGGUGUCAAAAAGUUAUUAAAGCCACCUCCAUACGCUCGUGGACAUGUUGGUUGUGGUUUUGUGGGACGUGAUAUUGUUUGUUGUCUGGACCUAUCAUACUUCUAUAGUCGUCGUUACUGGAUCGAACAGCAGCCGGCGGCGGGGGGCGCGGCACCAGCGGCCGCCUGAGCUGUCCUUGAGUAGUGCGUGAACUUGGAAUAUGUGAUCUCAUGCAGCGGCACGGCGGCGUCCUUCUCGUCCACGAACGACAGCUUCUUGCCGGUGCGCGGUCGAUUCCACGGGUUCUCGUUCUUGUACGAGCUUUGUUUCCUGAGCCCGUCGAGGCGGUUCGGGUGUAGAUGGGUUGUGGGCGCGUCCAGCGGCGGACCCACUCGCGGCAAGGCCGUCGCCGUGCUAUCGGCAUAUUCUUCUGCUUCUUCUUCUUCGUUGUCGUUGUCGCCGGUUGGUUGUUUAUCGGGGUCGUCUCCACUAAACCCGGCAAUGUCGCGCCGACUGCUGCCGCUGCUGCUGUUGACCGUACUCCCAAGACUGCUGUGGUUGUCCAUGUGCGCGGCCAGGCUGUGUUCGGAUGCUACUUUGGCCAUUCGAUGUUGUUGUGGGAGCUCUGUUUCCCCCACCACUUCAUUUACAGUCGCACAGGCUACCAGGUCCCGACGUGCGACGAUUGAGCGAGAGGGUAUUGGUGGCGGUACAAGGAGGGGGAGGGGGGCUAGUCGGUGGCAACGCCGGGGCUCGCUCACUGCUUGCUGCCUUUCACCACGUUGCAAC